AUGUAUCUUCUUAGAUCCUCUCUGUCCACAUACCUCCUUUUCUUCGCAGCCACCAUCGCAACCGCGGUGUCCUCCUCCCUCACCAUCACCAUCCCUCCCUCCAACCUGCUCCCGAAUCCCAACACUCUCCCAGCCGGCACGCACGCUACCUUGAUCUCGCUACCUUCGCCGGGAGACACGAACAAUGCCAACAGCAACCUGCCCCAUCCCAUGACGGCUCCGCUGACGCGCUCCGCCUCCUUCGUCUUCCGGAACCUCAAGUCUGCGAAACCCGAGUCCUACCUGCUCGAUAUCCGGUCCGCGGGGUAUGUCUUCGCGCCGUACCGCGUGGACGUCUCCGCGGACGGAGCCGUGCUGGGCGUCUGGGAGACGUACCGCGCAAACCCCUGGGAUAAUCGCGGUGCGGAGAAGUUCGCGGUCGAUGCUGCUGCUGCUUCCCCCGCCGCUACGGACGUGGCCGUGGAUGCUAAGGUACUGGGUCAACGGGGGUUCUAUGAAGAACGCGCUCGAUUCUCGCCCCUUUCGCUGCUCAAAAACCCUAUGAUUCUGCUGGCUCUCGUCGCUCUGGGUUUCACCUUUGGAAUGCCAAAGCUCAUGGAAAACAUGGACCCUGAGAUGCGCGCCGAGUUCGAGAAACAAUCUCGCUCCUCCCCCAUUACCGGCGCUACCCGGAAUGCCAUGACGGGUGGCGGUGGCCCCGGGAACUUUGAUCUUGCCGGAUGGAUGGCCGGUGCGGCCCCCAGACCGACCGCCGCAGAGACAGAACCGGCAGCGCCCCGGGGAGCAGCGACCGGCCGAGAGGGUGGAGGUGCUACGCGCAGACGAGGAUGA